GCAGGUGGCCAGUGCCGGCAAGGCUCGGCCGGCCGUGGGUGGACCCGGUGGCCUCGCCACGCCUCCCGGACAAUCCCGGCCGAGCCCCGGCUCCGGCGGGAUCCGGCACGGCGAGCAUCCCCCGGCACGGCGGGCACGGAGAGCCGCGGGCCAUGGCAGGCAAAACCCACAGGCUGAGCACGGAGGAGAGGGAACAGCUGCUGCCGAACCUGCGAGCCGUGGGGUGGAACGAGGUGGAAGGCAGAGACGCCAUCUUCAAAGAGUUCCACUUCAAGGACUUCAACCGGGCAUUUGGCUUCAUGACCAGAGUGGCUCUACAGGCAGAAAAACUGGAUCACCAUCCUGAAUGGUUCAAUGUGUACAAUAAGGUUCACAUCACCCUGAGCACCCACGACUGCGGGGGUUUAUCGGAGCGAGACAUCAACCUGGCCAGCUUCAUCGAGCAGGUGGCAGCUUCCCUCUCCUGACCAGGGAUCCACGCAGCCAAAAACCCACUGUGCCACUGUGUCCUGCCUCGAUGGCUGCACCCAGAGCCUUUUCCCACUUCCAAGCUAGAUCCUGGCUCCAGACAGCCUGACACCUCGCCAGCCCCCAGCGCAGCUCAGAUGGAUGGAGGCACUUUUCAGGGUGCAGGUAUCCAUCUCUGAUCCUGCAAAUUCCAUCUUUAAACCCUCCCUUAGCCAUGUGAUCCCACACCCCCAGCUGCUGAGCCUCUUACCAGGAGUCAGCCAUAUCACAGAGUCACAGGAUGGUUUGGGUUGGAAGGAACCUUAAAGAUCACCUCCUUCCACCCCCUGCCAUGGGCAGGGACACCUUCCACUGUCCCAGGCUGUUCCAGGUCCAACCUGGCCUUGGACAAUGCCAGGGAUCCAGGGGCAGCCCCAGCUUCUCUGGGCACCCUGUGCCAGGGCCUGCCCACUCUGACGGGAAAGAUUUCUUUCCCCUGUCCCAUCCAAACCUGUUCUGUGUGAAUCCAUUUCCCCUUGUCCUGUUACUACAUGCUCUUGUAAAAAGUCCUUCUCCGUGUUUCUUGUCGAUUCCUUCAGGCACUGGAAGGCUGCAAUUAGGUCACCCCAAAUUUUCUCUUCUCUGGGCUGAACAAUCCCAACUCUCUCAGCUUUUCCUCACAGCAGAGGUGCUCCAUCCCUCUGAUCAUCUUGGUACCUCCCCUGGACUCGCUCCAACAGGCUGAUGUCCUUCCAGAGUCAAGUUACACCACUGCAUCAGUAAAUCUGUCCAGAGCCUGCCCCCAUCCAGCCCCUGUUGUUGCUCCUUACCUCCUGGAAUGUGUUUUCUGCCUAAAACAUGUUUUGUGAACCCUCUGGCUUCUCUGUAACCAAGCAGCAAUGUGCUGUGCAAUUUGUCAUCGCUGUAACCCCUCUCCAGCAGCAUUACAUCAGGCAUGUGGUCCCACCCCGACUGGAGCCAGCCUUUUGUAGGAUACCAAAUGAAAAAGUUUACAAUAAACAUCUCAUUUCACCUGA